AUGACAACAUCACAGAAGCAUCGAAGAGGCUCAGCAGCCAUCCAUGGCUUUUACCACCAACCCACAAAAGACACCGACCCGUACAGUCUCUCUCGGAUCCAACUCCUUGACGAGAGCAUGUUCUCGGUUGACACAAUGCAAGGCCCCACCAUUUCCUUCCAAACCUACAAAGAUGAAGAAUACUUCACCCUCGAAUCAUCCCCAGCAACCACCAUCAGUAACUUCUUCGUCUAUGAUUCACCAGCUGCGAGUGUCUCCUCUGGCAGCAGAAGCCCUAUCUCCCCACAAGCCUCACAUUCUUGCCUCACUGAUCCUCACCAUUCUCCUGAUAAUACUUAUGGCUCUCCUGUGAGUGGAUCAUCCUCUGCCGACGAAGACCAUUUCCUCCGUCAGAAGCUUCGCGAGAUGGAGAUGUCACUAAUGGCUCCCGAAUCUGAAGCCACAGACAGCUGCAACUUCUGCUUCGCCGGUGCCACCCACCACCAAGCUGACUCAUCUUUUGCCACCUCGAUGAUCCCCAAGCUAGACAUCAAGCAAGUCUUGGUAGCAUGUGCUCAAGCAGUUGACAUAGUCGACAUCAACAGAGCAGCAGGGCUAAUGCAUGUCUUGGAUCAAAUGGUAUCGGUCUCCGGAGACCCAAUCCAACGAGUUGGCGCUUACAUGCUUGAAGGCCUUCGAGCGAGAUUAGAGCUCUCCGGAAGCAAAAUCUACCGAGCAUUGAAAUGCGAUUCUCCCAUAAGUUCGGAUCUCAUGUCAUACAUGGGGAUACUCUAUCAGAUUUGCCCCUACUACAAGUUCGCCUAUGCGUCAGCCAAUGCAGUCAUUCGAGAAGCAAUCCAGUACGAGCCGAGAAUCCACAUCAUCGACUUCCAGAUAGCUCAGGGAAGUCAGUGGAUCCCAAUCAUCCAGUGGCUAUCACAACGUCCAGGUGGGCCGCCAGUACUUCGUAUAACCGGAGUCGAUGAUUCUCAAUCAGCUUAUGCUCGUGGAGGCGGGCUGCACAUAGUUAGCCAGAGGCUCUCCCAGCUUGCAGCCUCACUCAACGUGCCGUUUGAGUUCCAUGACACAGCAAUGACGGGUUGUGAAGUCCAUCGGGAGCAUCUGAUGGUCCAACCAGGUGAGGCAGUCGUGGUCAGCUUCCCGUACAUCCUCCACCACAUGCCAGAUGAGAGUGUCGACACGUGGAACCACAGGGACAGACUCCUCCGACUAGUGAAGAGCCUCUCUCCUGUGGUUGUAACUUUGGUUGAGCAGGAGUCGAACACAAACACGACUCCCUUCCACCUCAGGUUCCACGAGACACUGGACUACUACACAGCCAUGUUUGAGUCGACUGACGUGGCUCGACCGAGAAACGACAAGGAGAGGAUCAACGCCGAGCAGCAUUGCGUUGCCAGAGAUAUUGUGAACAUGAUUGCCUGCGAGGGUAGCGAGAGGGUGGAAAGGCACGAGCUUUUGGGAAAGUGGAGGUCGCGGUUUCAGAUGGCCGGAUUCCAGCAGUGUGGGUUGAGUCCUGCGGUGAGUGGUGCAGUGAGAGAGGUGCUGCAGGAGUAUGAUAGGAAGUUUAGGGUUGAGGAGAGGGAUGGUGGGUUGUAUCUUUACUGGGCAAGAAGAGCUAUGGCCACUUGUUCUGCUUGGAGGUGA